CUUAAAUAGGGUAGAUUUAACCUCAGCAAAGCGCUGAGAUUUACAGGCGCACGGUACACUAGCUAUCCUCCUCGAGGAGGAUAGCCGAAGACUGAAAGGAUGUUCAACUUUCAGAGAAACAGGAGACAGAGCCUCUUUCCCAACUGCAAACUAGCAACCUCGGAGUCAACAGAUGAUGCGGUUCCAUUCGCUAAACAGUGUUUGAUGAAACAUUGGAGCUCUCUGGGCGAACUGCAGACAGAUAUCUAUGACAUCUUUGGUGAAGAUGAGGAGGUUGAGAAGCAUCCGGAACCAACAAUGUGGUUUUCAAGCGCCUCACCCAGCAGGAAUUACAUGCUCAACCUCAACGUUGGUGGAAAGUCCUACCAUAUCACCUAUAAAAUGGCAGCAAGAUACCCCCAGAGUAGAAUCGGACGUUUAGCCACCUAUACGGACCUCAAUAUGAAGCUGAACCUCUGCGAUGACUACGUGGUGAAGGACAAUGAGUAUUUCUUCGACCGAGACCCGGACGUCUUCAACAGCAUCUUCAACUUUUACAGAACCGGUGUGCUGUGGAUCAAGGACGAGCUUUGUCCGAGGAACUUUUUGGAGGAAAUCAGUUAUUGGGGCGUUCGGAUCAAAUACUCGCAGCGGUGCUGUCGGAUCCUUCUCGAGGAGAAACACGACGAGCUGUGCGAACAGCUCAAGGUUGAGAAGGAACUGGAGGCGGAGGUGGACGUCGAAGACAGCGAGGAGGCGUUCAACGACAUGUUCCUCGGCGAGAAGAGACGCUUGCUUUGGAACUUCAUGGAGAAACCGUUCUCCUCAAUCCCGGCGAAACUAAUGGCGGUCGCCUCGAGUAUGUUUGUGCUGGUGUCGCUGGUUACAAUGACUCUGACUACAGUAGAAGAAAUGGAGAACAUGGCAUCUAACGAGUUCAGCGGAAAGCCGUUUGGAGAGUUCAUAGAGACACUGUGCAUAACCUUCUUUACCGCUGAGUACCUGCUGCGUCUAGUUUCAACCCCAGAUAUCUGUUGCUUCAUUAAGAGCAUGCUAAACGCGGUUGACCUCCUGGCCAUUCUACCGCAGUUCCUCCAGUUGGUGUUAGAAAGCUUUGAGACCUUCAGUUCUGGGACACAAACCACGGACAUGGAGACUGUUGGUCAGAUGAGCAAGGUGGGACAAGUGUUACGAAUCAUGCGCCUAAUGCGUAUUUUUCGUGUUCUUAAACUGGCACGUCACUCGACGGGGCUCAAAGCAUUUGGCUUCACAUUGAGGCAGUGCUAUCAGCAGGUGGGAUGUCUCUUCCUCUUUAUCGCCAUGGGGAUCUUCACAUUCUCCGCCAUGGUUUAUACCGUUGAACAUGACGUCCCUCAAACCAAGUUCACCAGUAUUCCACAUUCUUGGUGGUGGGCAUCUGUUAGCAUCUCUACUGUAGGUUAUGGUGACAUGUAUCCAGAGACUCUUUUGGGGAGGAUAUUUGCCUUUGGCUGCAUUUCCUUUGGGAUCAUUCUGAACGGCCUUCCAAUCUCCAUCCUCUUCAAUAAGUUCUCCGAUUACUACGCCAAACUGAAGUCUCACGAAUACAGUUCCAACAUGAAAAACAGAGGAAAGGUUAACUUCAUCCUGAGAGCCAAGAAGAAACUCAAGGAGUGUGGCUGCAUUGAAACUAAUGACACUGACGUGUCGUGAAAUCAGUAUUAUCGAUUGUUGGCAUUAUUAAGCUGUUCUGAAUCUUGUCUGAAUGAGAUCAUUUUCUAAAGAGCCUCUUAUCUGAAAGUGCCAAAAGAAAUAUUAAAACAGGUAAUAAGUAACGCUGGUUUAAAUUGUAAAGUGGUACAGAAGUCUUCUGUCAUUCCUCAUCUCCUGUUCCUUGUGCUUUAUCGGUUGUUUAGCUUUUAUAGCGUGAGCAAAUCUUUGACAAUAAAGUUGUACUACUACAGCAUUUGAAGUAGCCAAAAUCGUAUUGUGCUUUAUUUCCUCAUUUUGGCUACAGAAUCACAUUUAGCCACAAAACACUGACGCUAACCUGCAUUAUCUUCACUGUUGACGUUAUGCCUAACCUGGACUUUUGAACUUGACCCGAAUGACAACCAAAAUAGAAGAUUAAUCUAAUUUACAGAGUUCCCAUGACGCGUCCAAUUAACCGAAUUAACACUGUAUUUAGCCUCCAAAGACCAGGCAAUACCUUAUUUGUUCUAAGCAAAUCUAAUGGUUUUGUUUUUUGAGGCCGUACAAAUCUUUUGGCUCCAUUGUUAGGUCAAAUGUUCACAACACUCUUCUUGUUCAGAAGGAGUAACAAAAAUCGACAAAAACCUCCACAUAAAACAGGAGGAAACCUUGGCUGAGACAAACGUCCUCUCUCGUGAUAUAUUUUAGUUACGUGUGUAUUUACAAUAUGACAUCGACGAGUGAAUGGAUAAACAACGAAGAGCCUCUGUUUUGCUCGCGCUGCUGCUCUCCAGGCCUGGAGAGGGCGGCGUGACGUCACCGCGCUCAUAAGCGUCACUUCCUCGCGUCGCGCGCUCGCGUUUCUCUGACCUCUGAAAGACGGAGCGCGGUGCUGAAGCCCAGCGAAAUGGCUCCUCCAGUGCAAGUGUCGCCGCUGAUUAAGACAGCCAGGUGGUCUGCUUUGCUUAUUGGCGUUAUCUACGGAAAGCGCAGAUAUGAUCAUCUGAAACCGAUUGCAGAGGAGGAGAGGAGAAUAGAAGAGGAGGAGAAGAAGGUACGAGAGGAGAAGGAACGCAUUGCUAAACAGCUAGCAGAAGCUAGUGAGGACACAAUCUUAAAGUGAGCUGCCCGAAACGACACCCGCAUCACUCAUGUUGUAAAGAUCGUGUUACCUGUCUGGAUAAAGAAUGAUGCUUGUAUUUUGCCACUUUGGUUUUACAGUGCCCUUUCACUUCUCAUGUUAGAUUAAUGCCGCAUUUGUGAAAUAACUCAAUACAUGCAAAUAUGUGUAUAAAUUUCUUCUGAUCUGA